AUGUUUAUUGCAUUCACCCUCGCAUAUGUAUAUUAUGCGUUGGAGCUUAAACUAUGGGAGUUUUGUUGUGUCACAAGAGCUAUACUUCUUUUGUUGCCACAACCCCCUUUCAAGCCAAUAUUUUACACAUUGGUUAUUAUGGACCUCUGUAAGGCUCUUCCAGGGGCCUUUCCAGCAGUUGUAGCUGGGGCUGUCCGUGCUCUUUUUGAUCAGAUAGCUGAUUUGGAUAUGGAAUGCCGAACGCGCCUAAUCCUUUGGUUCUCGCACCAUUUAGCAAACUUUCAGUUCAUUUGGCCAUGGGAGGAAUGGGCUUUUGUAUUGGACCUUCCAAAAUGGGCCCCACAACGUUUGUUUGUUCAAGAGGUUCUGGAAAGAGAAGUGCGUUUGUCAUACUGGGACAAAAUUAAGCAGAGCAUUGAGAAUGCCCCUGCUUUAGAAGAGUUACUUCCGCCAAAAGGUGUAUCGAACUUCAAAUACAAUGCAGAAGAUGGUGGAGAUCAAACUGAAAAUACACUUUCUGUCGAACUUAAUGGCAUGGUGAAAGGAAGGCAAACUGCACGUGAAAUUAUAUCAUGGGUUGAAGAAAAAGUAAUCCCAGUUCAUGGUCUUGACAUUGCCCUCAGAGUAGUUGUUCAAACCCUUCUCCAUGUUGGAUCAAAAAGCUUUACUCAUUUGAUCACUGUGUUGGAGAGGUAUGGUCAAGUCAUUGCAAAGAUUUGUCUUGAUGAGGACAAACAAGUCAUGUUGAUGGACGAAAUAAGUUCUUACUGGAAGAACAGUGCUCAAAUGACGGCCAUAGCGAUUGAUCGAAUGAUGGGUUAUCGACUUAUAUCUAAUUUGGCCAUUGUAAGAUGGAUCUUCUCUCCAGCAAACGUUGAUCAAUUUCAUACCUCUGAUCGUCCAUGGGAGAUUCUUAGAAAUGCUGUCAGUAAGACAUACAACCGCAUUUCUGAUCUGAGGAAAGAGAUUUCAUCCCUUAAGAGGAGCGUUGUAUCUGCUGAAGAAACUGCAUCUAAAGCUAAAGCAGAGUUGGAGGCUGCGGAGUCCAAGCUUACUCUUAUGGAUGGAGAGCCUGUUCUUGGUGAAAACCCUGUGAGAAUGAAGCGUUUGAAAUCAUAUGCUGAAAAAGCAAAAGAAGUGGAGGUUUCUGUUCAGGAAUCUUUAGAGGCGAAAGAGGCCCUGCUUGCUCAAGCCAUCGCUGAAAAUGAGGCAUUGUUCCUCUCGUUGUAUAAGAGCUUCUCAAAUGUGUUGAUGGAGCGCCUACAUGAUGCAUGUAGAGAUGGAACCAUGCGGCGAUACGGUCAGGUGGACGAAAUGGCUGUUGACCUUGAAAAUUCAUCUGCAAUGGAGUUGGACCCAGAGAAUGGACGACCCACAACAAGUCAUUCCAAUGGGGGAAGGGUCACCAAUGGUUAUAAUAUAGGUGAGAAAGAGCAGUGGUGUUUAUCAACUCUGGGUUAUCUCAAGGCCUUUUCAAGGCAAUAUGCUUCUGAGAUAUGGCUGCACAUUGAGAAAUUGGAUGCAGAGGUGCUAACAGAAAAUGUGCAUCCUCUAUUUCGGAGAGCCGUUUAUUCUGGUCUAUGUCGGCCUUUGAGCGAAUUGUGAUUUUUAGUGGGUGUAUUAUAUUCCUUUUUCUAACAUCAGACAGGUCUGCCUGAAUUUUGAGGAAGGAAGAAAGGGGGGGAGGGGGGUUAUUGUAACAUGAAGAUAUCAUAUUGGUAGAAAUGGCAAUUUAGGUUGUUAGUUGCAAAGUAUUGGGAGAGUAGAACAGAAGGCAGAUACCAAUAAAGUUUGUAGCUACAUGGUGAUGCCAAAAAGGAUAACUUCCAAGGCAUGUGAGAUAUGUCUAACCUUGAAUGCUUUCAAAGCCCAUCAUGCCUUCUUGAUUAGAAAGCUUUUACUUUGAAUUCUAUUUUACGUAUUUGCAGUUUGGUUUGGUUUGGUUUGGU